CUCCGUUUGCUUUGUGUUACCAAAUUCAAGUACUCCUGGGAGCUCUGUGAAAACUUUGCAAGUAAACUCAGAAAAAAUGGAUCCGAAAACCCUAGAAGGAGAAGCUCCAUCUUCAUCUUCCUCUUCAUCUUAUGGUUGGAAAGAGAGGAUCUUCAUCCCCGCCUUGCUCGCAGGAAUUGUUGGAGGAGGAGUUGGGUUGGUUUCUAAGCAUCGGAAAAUUCACGGUCUCGCAAACAUUUCAGCGACUUACGCUACUAAUUUUGCAAUCGUCACUGGCUGCUAUUACGGUGCACGUGAGAUUGUAAUGAGAAGUCGAUUAUCACAUCCAGAUGAUCUUUUGAACUCUGCAUUUGCAGGCUUUGGUACUGGUGCUAUUCUUGGACGUCUUCAAGUUGUUUUGUUCCUGGGUAUACUAGGUGGUAAAUAUGGUGCAGUUAAAUACUCGGUCAUAUUUUCUGUUGUGGGGACAACAGUGGAUUAUGCUACUAUCAAACUGAAACCUGUCCUAAGGAGCUACACUGAAUCUAUACUCGGGAAGGAUGGAGCUGGGUUCAAAUGGCCUGAAUGGUCUCCUAUUCAAGUCCUUGAUGAAGAAAAACUUGCUGCAAAACGGGCUCGGGAGAAAGAACUCUAUUCACAGAGGAUACUUGGUAAAAUCAACAAAGAAGAGUCAUGAAGAAUGUAUCAUGUGUCUUGAAUACCGAUAUUCUUAUACAUGUCAAUAAUGUUUCCUUGGUGCUCAAAAAUCCAAGUUUGACGGGGUUGAGAAUUGUGUCCAAGUAGUGUUUCAAUUAUGUCUGUAAUUUACCACUACAAGGAUGAAUUUGAAUUUGCAGUUUUGACUCGCACGGCCGGCCAAAGGCUUGGCCAUGGCUAUGGCCAAUCGACCAUGUCGUCAUACAAGUAAGAGCCAAAAAUGAAACUCUUGUAUCGAGUAUAGAGUGAUUUUUCAUAUUUA